AUGAUUUCAACAAUCGGCACAACAACAAUUCAAACAACAGCACCAAACUCGUUAGUCAUGAAUCCAACAUCUAUGUUAGUAGAAAUGAAAAGCUUCAUUCCUUCUUCAUAUACUUUUGAAACAGAAAUCCAGAAGAUAAAGCAAGAACUUUUAACAAGUAAUUUAGACUGUAGUGCGAAAGAUGAAACAAAUGAACAGUAUCUUUAUGAAAUGGAGGACCUCAUCGACCAUUUGCCUAAACUACCUGAAAUUCAGCAGCAAAAACUAACUAUUCCUGAAUUCGACGAAAUUGAAGUCAAAGCAACUGACUCAGUAGAAAUUAAGAAAUUCAUACGUAAAGUAAAUUAUGAAUUCCUUGGUUUUCAUUGCAACCAUAUAGUUAUGGACAAAGAUUGCGACAUGGUAUAUAAGAACAUCUCUGACAUAUAUAAAUCUGGGGCGUUUAAGACAUACGACAACUUUGUUUCAUUAGUUGCAAAAUGUGUAUGGCAGAUAAGAGAUAAAGAUAGAAGAGG